CUGACGACCGGCAUCAGUUAGUCGUUUGAUCAUGGAGAAAGAUACAUCAAUGUUGGCGCUUUUUGUGCUCUUUUGCGGCCUUAUAUUACGAGGAAACUGUUCACCGGUUCAAACUGUUCUCAGUGAUUCCGAACUUGCCCAUUAUUUUGGAAAAUCGGAUGCAUCCGACUAUGAAUUGGUUAGUGUAAAUAAAAACCAAAUAGAUGACACCGAACAGUACAACUUUAAAGCUUUUGGACGAGAUUUGUCCAUGAUCCUACACCGUGUAGAUGGAUUUUUUAGCAGUUCCGAGCAUCAAUGUCAUUACGAAGGCAAGCUAGUUGAUGGAUCUGAGGCGAGUAUCGCCAUCAGUACGUGUAACGGCUUGAGUGGUUACAUCAGUGUAGAUGGUGACGAUUAUUUCAUUGCUAAACUUACCAAUGCACACGCAAUAAAAGUAGUCGGCGUUGAAGACCCUCAUAUUAUUUUUAAGGGCAGUCCAUCUGGUGCUAGCUGUACUGUGCAAAGUGAUUCUAGUUUUUCGGAACGGAAGAAUGUAGCCAAGAGAAAACGUCGUGCAAUCGAUACCGGUAGUGUACCGGCAUUUGUUGAGUUGAAUGUUUACCUUGAUGAAACAAUGCAUGAAUUCUAUGGAAAUAAAACUGCUAACGAAACCUUAAGCGUUCUUAACCAGGUCCGCCAACUUUUUAAAGAUAAGUCUCUUGGGAGUAAUAUCAAAUUAACUGUCCAGAAUUUAAUCGUUUUUGAAGAAACACAGAUCGGUCUUGAUGCAACUGACGAUGUUGAUACUUAUUUGAGCAACUUUUGCCACUGGCAAGAGAACCUGGGUAACCCCGAUGUUAGUCUAUUGAUUACAAGAUUGAAUCUCCAGUCUGGUGGCAACACCGGUGUCACUGGUCAGGCUACUGACAUUGGUAGCGCUUGUCAACCUGCUUCACGUUGUGCAAUUGCUGAGGAUCAUAGUCCCGGAGGACUUGUGUUUACUAUCACCCAUGAAAUUGGUCAUGCACUUGGAAUUCGCCAUGAUGGAGAACUUAGUAGCUGCAAAGACAGUGGGAAUAUUAUGUCUCCUUCAUCGCCAAGAGGGAAAAAUGCUUACAAGUGGUCUUCCUGUAGCAUGGCUGACUUCUCAGACUUCCUUAGCUCUUCAUCCUGCUUAUACAAUAAACCCACUAGUAAGUCUUCAUACAACCCUACUGAAUGGGUUCUCCCAGGCAGCAAGCAUGAUGCCACCCAACAGUGCCAGGAUGUAUUCCAAGGAACCAAUGCUGAGGUUGCUGCUAGUGUGAAAAACACUGAGGCUGUUUGUACUCAACUUUUGUGUGACACGGAACAAGGUACAGAUAUACCUACUGAAGUACCUGCCCUUGCUGGCACGCGAUGUGCAAGAUAUGGAGUUUGUCUCGAAGGAUGGUGCCUUCACAUCCGUAACACAAGACAAUGUACCGGAAGCAGUUGUCCAGGACAGUGGCAAGAAUCAAAUUGGGGAACAUGUGUUAACUGUAUGCAAGAACGCCUUGUAGCUUGUACCCGUGUCGAGAUUGACGGAUCAAUUACCGUACUGACUGAUAUUACUCAGUGCCCACCAGAGAUUCCACCUGAUACCCAAGCUUGUAAUUGUGAUCUCGCCGAAUGUAAUUCCGCUUGUGGAACAACAACGACGACAUAUAUGUACCGUGUUGGUUCAUAUGGUAUUUGUACUUCAAAUUGCGGCCUUUCAACUCAGAGCCGUACUGUUGUCUGUGUCAAUGACCAAAAUAAUACUGUUCCAGCAUCAAAUUGUCAGAAUGCAGGACUUGUAAUGCCUCCGUCAACACAAAAUUGUCUCAACUAUGAUAACUGCCAAUAUCAGUCAGGCGCUUUUGGUGCUUGUUCUGUAACUUGUGGUGCUGGUACUAUGACCAGGAGUGUUUCCUGUGUGAAUAUUGGUACAUCUACAACUGUUGACUCCGCCAACUGUGUGGCAGCUGGCCUCACACAGCCAUCUACCACACAACCCUGCAAUCCAGCUGUUUGCACAACCUCUUACCUCUUUGUCACCUCUACUUACAUGUGCUCUGUAACUUGUGGUACAGGCGUAGAGACCCGCACAGUUUCCUGUGCCACUAGCAGCACAUUUCAAAUUGUUGACGAUCAACUUUGUCUUGAUGCUGGUCUAGCGAAGCCGGAAUCAGAAAGAAUCUGUACUUUGAGCGAUUGCCCUGCUCUUGUGUACAAUUUUGUAACUGGAGAUUUUGGAGAGUGUUCAUUAACUUGUGGAGGAGGUGUUCAGAGCAGAAAUGUUGCUUGUGUUACUAUCAGCACUAAUCAGGUUGUUGCUCUUGAAAAUUGUGUAAAUGCUGGACUUGAACUUCCAUCCUCAACAGCUGAGUGUAACACACAGAAUUGUCCGUCAUAUGCUUACCUUACAGGAAAUUGGAUGGACUGUUCAGUAACCUGUGGAAGUGGGUUAGAAAGUAGACCCACCCCUUGCAUCACUCUUGGCACCUCCAAUGUGAUUGUUGAUGAUUCUUUUUGUGUGGCAGCUGGACUUACACAACCUGACACUGUUAGAGUAUGUGAAACAGGAGUUGUUUGCCCAACUCGUUAUGUAUACAGUGUAGGAACUUUUACACAGUGCUCAACUACCUGUGGUGCAGGAAUGCAAGUCAGAUCUGUGCAGUGUACAGAUACUCUCAACAACAAUGCUGUAGUGGAUGAUAGUUUCUGCACUGGCACUCGCCCAGAUUCAACCAUGGACUGUGAUUUAGGAAUGUGUCCUGCUGGCAUGUACCAGUACAUCACUAAUGCCUGGAGUGCAUGUGAUUGCGAUGGGAGCCAAACAAGGACAGUCCUGUGUAUCCAGGUGAUGGGUGGAACUUUGCUUAGUGCUACCGAUAGUGAUUGUCAAAAUGCAGGAAUUGUAAAGCCGCCUGUGUCACAAUCCUGCACACCACCUAGCACCUGCUCUAAUCCAGUCUGGUCUACUGGUGAUUUUUCUGCAUGUUCUGUGACUUGCGGAGUUGGUGAACAAACCAGGAUUGUGUUUUGCGUGAAUAGCCCAGUGUCUGGUACUGUGGUUGAUGAUUCAAAUUGUGAUGCUAGUUCCAAACCUUCAACCAGUCAAGCUUGUGACACUGCUGUUUCUUGCCCGUCUAUGUACAUGUACUUAAGUACAACAUGGACAGCAUGCAGUGUAACCUGUGGUGAGGGUAUGGAGACACGAAUUGUUACAUGUUAUGAAAUUAGUGGAAACUUUAUGCAAGUGGAUGAUGCAUUCUGUGCAGGCAUGGUCAGGCCAGCAUCUUCGAGACCAUGUUCUGGUCUUCCACCAUGUGCAGGAGUCUGGGUAUCCACGGAUUGGUCUCAGUGCUCAACCACAUGUGGUGUUGGAAGUCAAGACAGGUCUAUUAAUUGUUACCGUACAAAGUUAGCCAAUGAGCUAUUGAAUGUCGCUGAAUGCACUGAUCCACGUCCACCUGUGACCCGUGUAUGCUACCUCGGAGAUUGUCCAUUACUGCCUGGAUGCGGUGAGACAAUUCAGGCAGUUGUAGGCGGUAGCUACGUAUUCUCCAGCCCAGGCUUUCCAGCCAACUAUCCUAAUGAUUACGUGUGUGAUACUUUGAUGACUACUACUGAAGGUCGCAUUGAAGUAACAUUCUCAGAAUUUAAUGUGGAGGAGUGUGUAAAUUGCAGUUGUGAUAUUCUCACGAUAACUGACGUAAGUUCUAAUGAAAAUACACAAUAUUGUGGUAUUCCUGAAGUGCCAUUCACUGUGACAUCGACUGGCAGCACCCUCUUAGCCAACUUUGUAAGUGACGAAAGUUUAACCAGGAGGGGCUACACAGCAACAGUCCGUGUGAUUCCAACUGGUGGAAUCCAAUAUGUCCCUGGAACAUUUGGAGAGUGUUCUGUGACAUGUGGUGAAGGUGUUAGAAGUCGCUCUGUUACUUGCUAUAAUGAUGGGGUUGAGGUGGAUGAUGCUGUGUGUGUUGGUAUCGAACGACCUCCAGCAACUGAAGCAUGUGUACUUGAAGACUGUAGACCAAGUGAUUUCUGUGGUAAUGAUACCACCGUAAGAACUGUGAGUGGUGGGAGAAUUACGCCACCAAAUUUCCCUGAUCCAUACGAGGCUAAUCUUGAAUGUAUAAAUAUUAUCAGAGCUCCAAUAAACAACAUUAUCAACUUCAACUUUAUCUUCUUUGAGGUCGAAGAUUCAGAAAACUGCACUAAGGAUUCUGUUACUUUCACUGAAGAGGGCGCUGAAGAUGUGGUCUAUUGUGGCUCACGGUCUGGAACUAUGUUUACAUCUACUACUAAUGAAGUGAAUAUAACACUUGUUACUGAUGGUGAUACUGAAAAUAUUGGAUAUAUAAUUGAAUAUACUUUUAGCCAACUUCAAGUGAAUCAGUGUGGGGACAUAUUAUUGGAACCCGGUCAGGUGUUCUCACCUAACUACCCUGGUAACUAUGAUAACAAUGAGGAUUGUACUACCACUAUUUUUGCUAGUAGUCGUUGUAUAGAGAUCAACUUCGAUCAAAUUGAAAUUGAAAAUAGUGAGGAUUGUGGCAAGGACUACUUGGAGGUUUCUGAUUUACAGCAUUCAUUCUUGAGCCAAAAGAUUUGUGGAUCACAAAGUGACCUAACCUUCAAUUCAUUCAGUCAAACUGUGUCUCUUAAGUUUGUCAGCGAUGGAGAUGUUACUGAUGUUGGUUAUAAUGGUGACUUGGAAUUUGUUGAUUGUCCACAAUUCUUGUAUUCCAUUGGUCCAUUUUCGGAUUGUUCUGUAUCAUGUGGUGGUGGCGUUAGAACAAGAACUGUCCAAUGUGUAAAUAAUCAGAAUACUGUUCUGAAUAACAUAUUUUGUGGAGAAGCACCACCAUCAUCAGAAGAAUGUGGCCAAGAGGAUUGUCCAUCGUGUGAUGUAAUGAUCACAGACACUGGUUCAGGCCCUUACCGUUUUGAAAGCCCCAACUAUCCACAUGCGUACAACAACAAUGAUAACUGCACUUACACCAUUGUCAGCCCUAAUGGUGAAUGUAUUGUGAUAACCGAUACAUUCUUUGACCUUGAGAGUCCUGAUGGUAAUGGUCAAUGUACAAAUGAUUUUGUAGAGGUAUUUGAUAUUGGAUUCCCAACUAUCACGCAAGUUGAUUGUGGGUCAGCACGUUCUGAGUAUGUGUUCCGAUCAUUGUCAUCACAGGUUGAGCAACGAUUCAUCACAAAUGACAAUGUGACUGCUUUUGGAUUUGUUACAUUUGUGUCGUUCGUGCCAUGCCCAACAUAUGCCUAUUUGCCUGGAGAAUGGAGUGAUUGCUCUGCAACCUGUGGAGAGGGUGAAAGAACAAGAACUGUUAUCUGCUGGUUUCUACUUGGAUCAUUAGCUGUAGAUGAAAGUCUAUGUAACGAUGAAAGACCACCAACCUCUGAGGUUUGCUUUAGGGAAGCUUGUCAAAGUUGUGAUGCUAUGAUCACCAGUGAAGAAUUGUUCACAAAUAGAGCUGAAGGCGAGGAUACUUACGAUAAAAACCAAGAUUGCAUAUACACUGUAGUUGCGCCUGAUGAUAUGUGUGUAACCCUUGUUGUAUUUUCUUACACGUUUGAACAACCCACUGAUGGUGUUUGUGUCGCAGACUACUUUAUUCUUACCGAUACUUCCGACUUGAGUUUGAAUCAGACAUUAUGUGGAAGUGCAGGUGGAACUAUAGUAAAUUUCCCAACUGCUAGUAAUACAGCAAUUGUCACCUUCCAUUCUGAUGAUGAAAACGAAUAUGCAGGUUUCAGCAUCAUUGCCGACUUCCAUGAAUGCCCAGUUUACAUCUAUCGUACAACAGCUUUUGGAGAUUGUGAUAGAACAUGCGGGAAUGGAAUAAAGACAAGAAGCAUUUACUGUGUAAGGGUUUCAACAGGCGAGACUGUAGGCAACUCUAACUGCGAAGGUACACAAGCACCACCCCUAACACAGUCCUGUAACCUUGGAGAUUGUCCAGAGUGUGACGAAAUGUUUAUGACUGAAGGGAUUUUAUCAAUGGCAAAUUAUGAACCCAAUCUUAACUGUCGUGCUGAGAUCGUUGUUGCAGAGGGUCAGUGUGUUCAACUUACUGAAAUAAUCUUUGGGUUACCAGACCCUGUUGAUGGUGAAUGUACAGACAGUCUUGAGGUAUUUGAUGUUGGAAAUGAUGCCCCAGGAAUUGAAGUCUGUGGUGACGACUUUACUGGAUUUACCUCGCGCUCAAACAGAGUUGAUGUGCGAUUUGUCUCCAAUAAUGAUUCAGAAUCAGGACUCUAUACUAUUUUAAUUGCAACCAUUGAUUGUCCAACUUAUGGUUUUGUACCCGGACAGUACGACGAUUGUACAAGAUCUUGUGGAGGUGGAACCCAGACAAGAACAGUUGAGUGUCAAGAACUUGAAACUGAGAUGGUUGUUGAUGAUUCUCUGUGUACUGAUGCUAAACCUGAGGAAAGCCAAGACUGUAACGAAUUUGAUUGCCCACCUUGCGGUGAUGUGGUUGAUACUGUAAAUAUGAGGUUUUAUGAUCCAGCUGGAAGCAAUGCAGACUAUGAAAACCUACAGGAUUGCACUUACACUAUUAUUAGUGACACCGGUACUUGUCCUGUCUUAUUCUUCUCAACCUUUGAAUUGCAAGAGCCAGAUAGUAAUGGCAAUUGUCUUGAUUAUGUUCAGAUUAACCAACCAGGGUUUGACAACACAUUUUACCAGUUCUGCGGCAGCCAACCCAACCUAUACUUCCCUACUUCCAGCCAAGAAGUUACAUUGACCUUUUACAGUGACGAAUCCAUCGUAGCUGAAGGCUUCGAGGCCUUGAAUAUUUUUUCGCCUUGCCCAAAUUUUGCAUAUGCUAUUGGUGAUUUUGGACCGUGUUCUGUUACAUGUGGUGAGGGCUUCCAAGUUAGACAACUCCUGUGCAUUGAUGUAUCUGACAACAGUGAAGUUGAUAUGUCUGAGUGUGAAGGAUUAGAUAAUCUCCCAGUCCAGGUCAAUGAAACGUGUACUUUGGAAGUAUGCCCAGGUUGUGAUUCUACUAAGAUAAUAACUGAACCUGGCAACUUCGAGUUUCGAUUUGAAGAUAAUAAUGAAUGUGAAACAAACCUGACUGCUACUGAUGACCAGUGCCUGGUGGUGUUCAUCAAUAAUUUUAAUUUACCGGCUGACUGUGAAGAGAAUUACAUAGAGUAUUAUGAUGCAAAUGCUCCUUGGUUGAAUGGCAAGAUAUGUAGUGAUUCUGUCAGUCCCAUAACUUUUGUCUCACAAACCAGUACUGUAAUCCUUGAAGCUGUGUCCGAUGGCAGUGCCUCUGCUUCUGAUGGAUUUGAUUACAUUUUAUCCCCCAACGAUUGCCCAACUUAUGGUUUUGUGGUUUCUGAACAGUCUACUUGCUCUGUAACAUGUGGAGAAGGUAUAUUGACUCGAUCUUAUGAAUGUCAGAAUUUGGGAACGGGAGUGGUUGUUGAUAACUCUAAUUGUCAAGGCAAUGUACCAUCAUCUACUGCUACUUGUGAACUUGAUGAUUGUCCCUCUUGUGAUAUGUACAUCAACUCAACUACGACAAUACAAGUGUCAAACUAUGUUAAUAAUGAAGAUUGUACUUAUACUAUAAGCCUUGAGAGUUGUUUCACCGUCCUGUCCCUCAUUUUCAAUCUUGAACCAGCUGACAACAAUGGCCAGUGUUUGGAUUACUUAUCAUUUUAUGACCAAUCUGAGCCAGAACUGAACAGAACAUUUUGUGGAGUUGAAAGGGUUCAAUGGACCUCUGCCUCCAACCAAGGCAUCAUUAAAUUUAUCUCCAAUGAGAAUGUUACUGGAGAUGGAUUUACACUUUUUAUAGCACCUGUAGACACUUGUGCCCAGUAUGCUUACAGUGUUGGUGAUUGGAGUGUGUGCCCAUGUGGAAGUGGAGAAUCUGAACAAACCAGGGUAGUUACAUGUGUGCAGAUAUCUGAUGGUAGUGAGGUGAGCGAUGAUAUGUGCUCUGGUACAACACCAGACAACACACAAUCUUGUCAAGCUGAGCCCUGUGAUGGUUGCUUUGAAGAAUAUGUAGUGUCUGCCGAUGAUGCCACCAACAUCGAUAUCACUCCUGAAGAAUAUCUUAACAACAUUGAUUGUCUCUACAACAUCACAACUGAUGAAGGCAGCUGUAUGACAUUCAUCAUCCUUAGUUUCCAACUAGAAGACAGUGAGAAUUGUGAAAAUGAUUUCUUCCAGAUUUUAAGUGAGGGAACUGAUUGGAAACUAUGUGGCUCGGUUCCUAUAGGAACUGCGAUCCAAACAAGAUCAAGUGAAGCCCACAUAAUAUUCAGAACGAAUAACAAUGUCACUAGUGAAGGUGUACAAUUAAUCAUCUCACAGAGUGAUUGUCCAGAGUAUGGCUUUGUUGCUGGAGAAUUCGGUGAGUGCUCCUUGCCUUGUGGUGGUGGUGUUCGUACAAGGACUGUAGAAUGCCAAAGAGUGCAAUCGCCAAAUAUAGGCGAGGUUCAAAAUGAUGAGGAAUUGUGCACAGAUCAGAAACCUGAAGAAUCGGAAGCUUGCAAUGUGGAUGAAUGUCCAGUAUGUUUAAUGGAAUACAAUGUAAAUGAGAUCAUUAGGACUGAUCCAUUUGCUAAUAACACCGACUGCUUCUACCGCACCAUCACCAAUGCUGACAAAUGUGUUGGUAUUGGUAUCAAUAAUUUAAAAUUAGCCGACCCAGAUGAUGAUGGAAACUGCACUACAGACUACUUACAGAUUAGAGACCUGAACAACACAGAAUUCUCCUUUAUCUAUUGUGGUGGUAUCUCGAGUUUUCAGCUUACAUUAUCCAGUAGCAAUUACGUUGAGGUCCUUAUUCAUGUGGAAGAUGGAAAUGGCAAAGAAGCUAAUUUUAUCUUUCUUGAAUUAGACUGUGGAACAUAUGAACAAUCCAUUACGGACUUUGGAGAAUGCUCUAAGACUUGCGAUGGUGGUGGUGAACGUACUCGUGAGGUAGAAUGCUUGAAUACAGAGGAUGACACUGUUGUAAAUGAUUUCUAUUGCUACGACCUUGAACAAAUUGAUGAAACGGUGUCCUGUGGCGAUGAUCCAUGCCCAGUAUGUGGUGGUGAUGUGAUAACGGCUGAAUCAGGGGUGCUUACUGCUGAUAAUGACUGUGCCUAUAUCUUGAACACUGAACCAGACUGCGCUCUCAUCACCAUUGAUGAGUUUGAUGUCCCAGAUGGUACUCCUGGAAAUUGUGAGGAUUAUCUGAGUUUGUUUGGAGGUGUAGGUGUAACAUAUGACCUUUGUGCAGACAACCUGACCAAUGUUCAGUUUGCUGCAAACAUCGCUAUUACAACUGUCUCGUUUUCCACUGAUGGUGACAAUGUAAUUGGAUCAGGGUACUCUCUUCGAUUUGAGCGACAGCCAUGCCCACAGUAUGAAUUUACCGUCGGUGAAUAUGGAAAUUGUUCUGUUGAAUGCGAAGGUGGUGUGAGGACAAGAAUCGUGGAGUGUAGGGAUAAUGAUGGUGAUGUUGUAGGAGAUAAUAACUGUGUCGGUAUCAAGCCAAAAACAGAGGAAGAAUGCAACAACGAUCCUUGCAGUCAGGCCUUCUAUGAAUAUGUUGCCGGCAAUUAUGGAGAUUGUGAAGAAUUCACUGUAGGCUUAUGUUUUGAAGUAAGAACAGUAACAUGUCAAAACAAUGUCACUGAUAUGGUCGUUGAUGAUUCCUUGUGCACUGGAACUAAACCAACUGCAUCUCAACAGUGUACAUGUCCAGUGAUGACAACAAUGUCUCCAAAUAUCGUGACAUCUGCCACUAAUGCUCCUGUAAUUACCACUGUUGCUCCUGUAAUUACCACUAUUGCUGGCAUGACCACUGCAGUUUCAGGAUGUGGAGGAGCCUUUGGAGAGACUCCAACGGAGGGCUCGUUUUCGUCACCAAACUAUGAUAGUGAUUACCCACCAGACAUAACCUGUGUAUGGAAUUUUACUGUUCCUGCGGGAAUGAGGGUUGUUUUCAAUAUUCAAACUUUCGACGUGGAGGCUCCUACCAGUGGCAAUUCUUGUACUGAUCAAAAUUCCGACUAUAUUGAGAUUACCGACUCAGGGUCUGAUGCUUCUCCUCUUCGUUUAUGUAUAAUUCCAGCCUUCCCUGCUACAUUCACCAGUGCUGCAGAUGGUUCAGAUUUUUCACAGUUCACCUUCAGAAGUAAUUCUGCAGUUCAGGGAACAGGAUUCUUUGUAACCUAUGAUUAUAAAAUUUAAUUUAUAAUUAAAUGAAUGAAAAUAAUAUUAACUCAUUGGCUGUUAGCACAGAAUUGUAUAAUAGUUAAAAUAGCUGGAUUUUUAUAUCAGUUAUUAAUAUCAAAUUAAUCAACAUUCAAUAUUUUUCAUAUCUAAUCAAUAUGAAAUACAUGAUUUCAGUGUCAAAUAAUCGAUAUCUGUAUCAAUAAUUGAAUUCAGUAGUAACGUAAUAAUGUCAUGAAAUUUUUGCUGAUCAAUGAGGCCUUUAUAUAUUACAUUGUUUUGAGUUUUUAUAUCAAAAUAUUAAUCAAACCCUAAUUAUACCAGACCACCCGGGUUUGGAUCUGUUAUUUCAUUUGUGUUAAUCUGCAUAAAAAUUACUUUGUAUUUGUCAGUUUGAAUAACGUUAUUUCAUAUGUAUUUUAUAUCCUGUAUUAAUUGGCAUAAUAUUUCACUUUUGUAAAUUUGCAUAAUAUUAUUGCAUGUUUUUUCUAAUAUGUUUAUUUAUUAUAAUGUCAUUUCACAUGUGUAAUGUUAUUUAAUGUGUAUAAUUUAUUUUGUAUAUGUUAAUUUGCAUAACAUUAAUUCACAUUUUCUUUAUUUUUAUUAUAUUACUUCCCAAGAAUUAAUGUAUUAUUUCACAAGUAUACAUUUACAUAAUUCAUAAUUUCAGAUAUGCUGAUUUGUAAAAUAUUUAACAAAAGUGUUCAGUGUUCAUCUAAAUAAUAUUUUUUGGAUGUUCAUUUGUAUAGUAUUAUUUCACAAUAUGAUGUUAGAUGUGUUUACACUAUGCAAGUGGAGAAAACCCAUAAAUUUACAUCAACUGAUACAUUAAACAAUCUAGACUAUUAUCAUGCUCAGAAAGUGAGGAGUAAAAGAAAUAGUGUUAGGCCUAAAUACAUUUCUAUGCUAGAUCAAUGAGAUUUGCAUCAUCUGAAUGAAACAACUUGUUCCUAUUUAAUCAUUAUUGUGUUGGAAAUACAUUAUACAGUUAAUUUUUAUGGAAGUAAUUUUACUGAAAAUUUGUUAAUAGUGUAGUACAAUUAAAUGUCUGUACUGUAAUUAUAAUUAUGAUAUUUUAAUUAAUUAACUAUUUAAGCAUUACUAAGGUACAGUAUAUGAUUAAAUUGUAUUUUUCCAUAUUUUCAAAAACAAUCCUUAAGACAAUACUAUAAUCAUAGACAUGUUGUAGAUUAGAAAGUGUUAUAUAGCAAAGGCACUUGUGUAGCUUAUUGUAUACUACUUAUUCCAUUUGUAUUCUUUACCAACUUGUACACUCUUUUGAUCUGGUAUUUUAUUAACACUUAGUAGUUUUAAGGACUAAGGUGUCAUUGGCAACAAAACAAGGGUCUUAUUGUACAAACCUAUCAUUUUAUUUACUUAUUUUAAAAUUGUAUAUAAUAACAUACCCAUCGUAUUUUUAUUCCUAAAUCAGUUUUAUGCAUCAUGCAUAAUGAUUGAAAAAUAUUUUUAUACAUUUUCACAAAAAAUGUCAGCAUUUUUUAACAAUUGAUGUAUGUUACUAUUGUUAAUUCAUUAUAUAUAUAUAUAUAUAUAUAAUAUAUAACAUUUUGAGCUUAUUUACAGGAGGUAUUUUAUAGUACCUAAUUUCAUAGAGAUAAUAUUAACUUGUAGAUCAGAUCUUUCCUAUGUACUGUAUAUUUUGCUGCUGUAGUUAAGUGGGUAUUUGUUGAUCUCAAAUUUUACAAUAAAUAUUGGAAGGGAAUUUUAUGUGA